GAUGCGUCCCAGUGUGUAAGCCGGGUCCCCAGCUUGUCUCUCCGGGGCUGGGCGGCAGUCCUUCCCUUCGCGCUGACCCCGAGGAAGACAGCGCCGAGUCAGGGCGCUGAGGGACCCUCCACCGCGACGCCGGCCCCUCCCCGGGCCUCUGCUCACUUGCCCCCCACCCCCGCGAGUCCGUCCCCCUAGUCGGCCUGUCGGAUCGGGGACGUGGGGCGAGCUGAGAGCAGGCCCGGGGUGGGUGGUCACCGUGGUGAAGACGUGGCUGUCAAGAUGAUAGAAGUACUGACAACUGACUCUCAGGAACUGCUACACCAGCUGGACACCCUGUUGGAACAGGAGUCCAGAUGUCAGCCAAAGGUCUGCGGCUUGAAACUAAUCGAGUCUGCCCACGAUAAUGGCCUCAGAAUGACUGCAAGACUACGAGACUUUGAAGUCAAAGAUCUACUUAGUCUAACUCAGUUCUUUGGCUUCGACACAGAGACAUUUUCCCUAGCUGUGAAUUUACUGGACAGAUUCUUGUCUAAAAUGAAGGUACAGGCGAAGCACCUUGGGUGUGUUGGACUGAGCUGCUUUUAUUUGGCUGUGAAAUCGAUUGAAGAGGAAAGGAAUGUCCCACUGGCGACUGAUUUGAUCCGAAUAAGUCAGUAUAGGUUCACGGUUUCUGACCUGAUGAGAAUGGAGAAGAUUGUGUUGGAGAAAGUGUGCUGGAAAGUCAGAGCCACGACUGCCUUUCAGUUUCUGCAGCUGUACCACGCACUCAUCCAUGAGACCUUGCCAUCUGAGAGGAGAAAGGAUCUGAAUUUUGAAAGACUAGAAGCCCAACUUAAGGCAUGCCAUUGCAGGAUCAUAUUUUCUAAGGCAAAGCCUUCUGUGCUGGCACUGUCUAUCAUUGCUUUGGAGAUCCAAGCACUGAAGUGCGUAGAGUUAACAGAAGGAGUUGAAUGUAUUCAGAAACAUUCCAAGAUAAGUGGCCGAGAUCUGACCUUCUGGCAAGAACUUGUUUCCAAGUGUUUAACUGAAUACUCCUCAAACAAGUGCUCCAAACCAAACGGUCAGAAGUUGAAAUGGAUUGUGUCUGGACGCACUGCACGGCAACUGAGGCACAGUUAUUAUAGAAUAACUCACCUCCCAACGAUUCCCGAGACCAUUUGUUAGUUGGUAAAUCUGGUUGUUAGUCUCUGUAUACAGAAAAAUGUCCAGUGUGAUCAUUUUCUGCUACAACUAAAGAAUUGAAAUACUAUCUUCAAUAUAAAGAAUAUGGGAUGAAAAUAGUAAAGGAAAAGUGAGUUUGUUGAUCCAGAUAGAGAAUUCUGGAAGGCAUUCACUGUGUACAGGGCUUAGCAGUCUCAAGAGAAAGGACAUAUCAAACUUCUAGAUACAUGCUAGUACUUUUUUGUCAAAGGAUUAGCGUAGCAAAGAGAAUCCUCCAAACCUGAACUUUAAACGUAGUUACGGAAAUAGCACUUCUUUAAAUUACAUAUCACCCUACUGUAGCUUAUUUAAAGUUACAUAAGCCCAAAGAGAACAAUAAGAGAUGUGACCCAUAUAGGAACAAAUUUUAAUCUGUCCAUUGAUUAGGAAAGUGGAGUGUAAACUUGGGUGACAGACUUACAAAUAUAGGGCAUGCCCACAUCAGGUUUCUGGAAACUGCUGGGAUAUCUCAAUUCUAUAGUUAGUAUUUUCCCUCUAUAGCAGUUGGACUAAUACAAAGUAAUUAUAUGCAUGAAAAUAUAAAAUUGGUCUCUGCUACAUAUACAUUUUGGCCAUCUAAAUUUCUUAAUCAUAGCAAAGAUUUAUCUUCUUAUGAUUAAAAACAAUUUUUUUCUUAAUGUAUGGCAGCACACGCCUUUAAUCCCAGCACUAGGGAGGUAGGGGCAGGUGGAUCUCUGAGUUCGAAGCCAGGCUGAUCUCCAGUGAGUUGCAACAGCUAGAGAGCUACAUAAGGGAGAGACCCUGUCUUAAAAAUACUCAAAACAAACAAACAACAUGUAUAAACAUUGCUGGGAAGAUAGGGAAGAGGGUUUAGAAGGGACGGGAAGGGUGCUUGCCCAAGCCUGGCAGCCUGACUUCAUUCUUCAGGGCCCACGUGAUGGAAGGAGAGAACAGCCUCCCCAUUUCCUUGGCAAGUUCUCUCACAUAGCACAUGCCUCACCUCCCCCCUGAAAUAAAUAUAUGAUCAAGCAUCUGAGAUAUCACCAGUUCCCCCUUAGCAGCUUGCAGUUUCGAGGCAGAUUUCUGUUAAGUUGGGUUUGUGUUGUUUGCCUAUGCAGCAGGAUUGCAGCAGCAACCAAAAAAACGGUCCCUCAAGUCUCUCUGCCACUCUGACCUGAGUUUCCUAUGGUACAGAAUUUACUCUGAAAAGCCUCAGCACCUUACCAGGUAGCACUGGCAGAAUGGCCUCGCAGUUGGGAAAACUCCCAAUUCUAGGCUUGGGAGAGUUAUGCUUAGAUUUGAAUUCACCCAGGAAGCAUUCAAAUCAAGGCUAAAGACAUAAAUGUGAAAUAAAACUGUGAACCUUCAUUUUAACAUUGAUGUAACUUCCCAGAUUUGAUCAAUAUAUACUUAGGUGGUAUUAAAAAUGGUAAACUGCUUAAUUUAAAUCUCAAUUUAAACUAUGAGGUUUACAUUAAAACCAACAUCUCACAAAUGCACUUUUUUUAAGGUAUUAAAAGAGGUAUUUAAGCAGUAAAUGGUUUCUUGGCACCCAUAACCAAGUAAUAGUUAAUUUAGAGGUGGGAUUUUUUUUUUUAUUGCUAUGAGAAUUACAUUUAAAAUUGUGGGUGUUUUAUAUAAAGCAGAUUUCACAAGUUUUGAAAAUUUGUUACCUUUAAUAUUUCUUCUAGAGGAUAGUUGUUUGUAUCCAUAGUAAAAGAAAAAUUCAUCAGAAUUGCUGCUUCAACCUAGUCCCAUCUGAGAGAAUUUGUUUUUAUUUUAAUAACUGGAUGAGUUAUCACUCUGAAAUUUUAUUUAUUGCACUAAAGUUAGUUUAGACUUGAUAAAACACUCCAGAAGGUUUUUUUAACACAGACUGUUUCUAUAAAACUGCCGCUACUCCUAAUGUAGAAUUUUGUUUUAAAAGAAACCGAGUAUAUCUGCAAAACUUUCCUCUACUAAGUCUUAAGGGAAGUAAAGAGGCCUUCAUAAUUCUAAGACCACCAUGGUUGUGCUCAUAUUCUCCUCCAUGCUGUCCUUGACUGUGUGGUCUACACUGUUAAAAUGCAGGCAGCUCCUCAGGGCCCUGGACAGCCUGAGUCUACCUAGAAUAGCUGUAACCAUUUUGACAUGUAAUGGAUUGGAAAAUUAUCCAUUGAGAAGCUGAAAAAUAAACCAAAGAACGGGUGUAUUUUAUCCUUAACCUUGUAAACCAUGUUUCACUGAGAACACUUCAGUUCUGCCUAUAUGCUGCUAGGCCUCAAUCUGAAAACAAUAUUGAUUUUGAGUGGACAGAAGCAAACUAACCAAGUACCAAUAUGUUUUGAAUAUACCUUUCAAUAAAAUUAUUGAAAGACAA